CUUUCAUUGUCUCCUCGAACCCUUCUUCUUAUCGCCUUAUCGCCUUCCUCCACCUUCGUUCGCUCUUCCUCCUCCUUCGUUUCUUGUUAUCGUCGUCUACACUCCUUCUUUUUUCACCGCGGCCUGCGAAUCAUGUCAUCCAACUAUGGCAACUUCGACAGCUUCUGCCGCUACUCCAACCUCCCUGCAUGCAAUCUCUUCGACUACGACUACCAGCAGCACUGCGCUCUCCGCGGCUUCACCACCGCCGGAAACGGUCGCAUCGAAAACCUCGGCCUUAUGCUGAUCUCCUUCUUCGCAUGCAUUACCUGUCUAUUAUUCAUCUACACCGCUCAGCGUAGAACCGCCGCCGUCGGUCGUCGCGAAAUGCAAAUCCUCUUCUUCUCCUACCUCAUCCUCUCCAUAUCCGCCAUCUUCGCCUCCGGUGGUUUCAUCUUCAACCGCACCAUCCUCGUCUACUUCAGCGCCAUCGAAAUUGGGGCAACCGCGGCCACUGCCUGGCUUCUUGUUGUUAAUGCCAUAGUUGCCUAUCAGAUCCUCCCCGACGGCGGCUUCUUAUCAGUCUCGCUCACUUUCCUGUCCGGCCUGGCUUUCUUCAUCGGGGUCGGAUACAUCGCCCUCGACUCGGCCUUCAACUGGACAAACACUUUCGACUCGGCUCCAUCUCGCCCUGAGCUUAUGCGCAAUUACGCCCUCUACACCACCUACCUACUCUGGCCUAUCCUCGCAAUCUCACUCUACCUCAUCCUGCAGUUCAACCUCGUCGUCAGAGUCUUGCGCGAGCGCAAGCCCUUACUCCUCCUAUUCCCUGCCUUCAUUCUAUUUGUCAUUGGCCAGAUCUUUGAAUUCGUCAUCUCGCGCUACAUCUGCUCCGGCACAACCGGCCAUAUCGAUGGCUCCAUGUUUGCCUGUCUCUUCACUCUCUUCAGCUUCGGCGGCCUCUGGGCCUUCUGGACCGACAUCACCGAAGACCAUUGGAUCGAUCCUGCUGUCGAAUGGGUCAGACCUGAUCCGCUCCCAAAUAUGCGAGAAGUCAUUCCUCUCUCGAAUGCAAACUUUUCAAGCUCUUUCGUUCAUUCGGUACCCCGAAAUGUCUGAGUGCUUCUACUACUACUAUUUGUCUUUAACUUGUGUGUGUAAUAUGCGUCAUCUUGAAGUAGCGGUAUAAUAUCUGGCUUAUUGUUUGUCGAUUUAGUUCAUGGCGUCUUUUGGGUUCUAAUUUCUAAUAGUCUUUGCAUUAUUUUUGUUUUAUUAUAUUGUUUAGAGAUGUAUUUAGUUGUUAUUACGACUACCCCGGGAUAAAAGCAAUUGUUUUUAUGUUUAUUUAUAUUUUGCAUUUAAUAUAUAGAGCUUUGAAUAAGAA